GAUACCGCUGGACAAGAGCGAUACCGAACCAUCACGACGGCUUACUAUCGCGGUGCCAUGGGAUUCAUUCUUAUGUACGAUAUAACAAACGAGGAGUCGUUCAACGCUGUUCAAGAUUGGGUCACACAAAUCAAAACUUAUUCUUGGGACAAUGCUCAAGUGGUACUGGUUGGUAACAAAUGUGAUCUGGCCAACGAUCGUGCGGUUUCUGUCGACUGGGGUCGUCGAUUAGCGCAACAAUUGGGUUUGGAAUUUUUCGAAGCUUCCGCCAAAGACGAUAUCAAUGUUAAACAAGUGUUUGAACGUUUGGUCGAUUUGAUAUGUGAGAAAAUGUCGGACAAUUUGGAGAACAAUCCUUCGAUUGCCGGUGCCGCGCAAAAAGUCGUGAUGGUUUUGAUUGCCGUUCUUCUAACACCUAUUUGA